CAUCUCCUAUCUGUUUCAGCGCUUCUCUGUCUAGUCGGAUGCAAAAAUGCCGACGCUUUACGACUCUCUGAAAACUCGAUUCCUUCUCAGGGGCCUGCCGCCGCAAGCCUGCUCGGCGUGCAGCCCCUCCGUGAGCUUGUGCACCCUCUAGAGUUUCAUUCGUAUCCUCCUUCUCUCCGCCAUCUUCGUUUUUUCGUGACGGCGCCGCUGUCUAAGAUGCCCAGCCAGGUAGCGGCCACUCGAGGGAACGGAACGAUCUACGCAAAGACCAUGGACAGUGAGGGCUCAUCGAAACAGAGCGCACUGCCCCGAGAACCGCAUUCGAUGGUACUUGCGAUUCUGUCAUCGCGAAUCCACGAAGGACUCCCUAGGGACCCGCCCGAAAUCUUCCCUUCGGGUGUACCCGCGGGUGCGUCUGUCAUUUCUUCCCUCUUUCGUUCUUCGUCGCCGUUGUCCACUGAUAGUGCCCCCAAUGUGACUCCCCCCUUGGGGACUCUAGUUUUAAUCGAAGCAACUCCGGAGGUCGCUGGUGACACCUCUAAGCCUUGCGCUUCACCUGGUACUCUGCCGCCAUCAUCCUCUGGCGUUGCUGACUCCUCGUCGUCUUGCCGUCUGCCGGCCUCGUGUGUUCCAUCUGCGUCUCUCCUGACUGCCGCCGCAUCUGCAGCCUCUUGCUGCGACGCCCUCGUGAUGCCCCUCUCGUACCCUCACCUGGGAGCGCCGCUCUCUCUUCUGGGCCAGAGGGAACCGCAUCUUCUUCUUCUCUCGGCAUCAGUUCAGCAGCAGUUCCACAUCCUAAGCAGUUUCUCGACUCGGCAUCCACGUUCAGGUGCCGCCGAACGGGUAAGCGAUGUGACUGACAUUCCUCUUGAGGCCUCUGGGAAUUCUGCCACGUCGCCUCUCUCGGCCCCCCUUCCCUCACACGAUCUGGCAAGCCAGCGGCGAAGUGAUGGCAGAUACCGGGGACGAGCGAGAGAGCAUGAGGGUAACGAGAAGACGGAACCCUGCUCUGAAUAUCGGUGUGCUAACCGGACGUUCAUCUGCGACCAUUCGGAGCUGGAAAAGAUCGUGACAAAGAGAAAGCCGCUGAUAAUCUGUCACCGAU